AUCUUUCUUAUAUUCUAGAAACCCAUAACUCUCAUCUAUGAGAACUUAUAAUUUAUUUAUUUCAUUUUAAAAUUGUUUUGUUUAAUUAACCAAUACAGAUUCUGUAAAAAUUAUAUUGUUAUUCCCAGUGUAGUGAUCUUCGAUGGGGGUGGUUCAUCGUAACUUCUUUCUACUCAGAGGCUACGAAUGGGGAGUGGUUAAUUAGCAGUCCAUCCAUAUGGUGUAUAAGAACCACUUUUAUUUCCCAUUCAAGAUAACAAUUAACAAAAAGCAGUCUAUCUACUAAAGUAAUAUAUUGUUUGAAAGUGGAGCAAAUUUUUUUUGUUUGGUUGUUAUUUUAUUUAAAAAGGCAGAGCAAAUGAAACACUCACGUUAGAGAGUGGUUUAGGUAAAGAUCUGUGAAUAGUAACAUUUUUAUUUUAAAAAUGUGAAAAUACACAUAAAUUAAUUUUAUAAGAAAUUAUUAUAUUACUUAUUUUUAAUAUUUCAUAAAUAAUUGAGACAAUAUAUUUGAAUAUAUAUGCUAUAUCUCUAAUAAAAACCUCAAUGCAAAGAGAAUAUUUAUAGUAUUUGUUUUAGUAUUUGUAUAUUUAUAUUCUCUAUAUUUCAUUUCUAUUAAAUUUUAGAUUUUAUAUAAAAACAAAAACAUAAUUUGUUAUUUAUUUAUGACAUUGUGUUUUUAUUAAAAACAUUAUCAUGAUUCCAAAAGAAAAUCGUAAGUUUCCAAAGUGUUUUUAAGUAUGAUAUUUUAAAAACGUUUUAGAAACAUGAUUUUGUAAGCUUCCAUAAAAUUCUGAUUCUGGUUUCGAAUUCGAAGUGGAAAGCGAACGUCCAGUAAAGCUUCCCUGCAACUAGGGUGUAACGAGCUUCUGAUUGGAUAAAACGAUUUGAACCAAACCGAACCACAUUAAAUCAUAUGAAAGUUUACCAAAAGAAACCGAUCGACUGUAGAUAUGGAGCCGUAUGACGACGCCUUAUCUCCUGACUUGGCUGUUACAGUGACAUUUGAUUUUCCCCAAACAUGCAGACAAAAGUCAGAGAAACUCAACUCCACAUAAACAUCACAUAUAAACAAACAAAGCCAAGCAAACCCCACUGUGACAAAGAGAAACUCGAGAACCUUUAGAGUGAACGAACCAACACCAAAACCUUUUUUUUCGUUUAUUCUCAUCUGCAGCAGCUGGUUUACAAGCCGUUCAUCAUGCCGUCUGGUGCGAAGAAGAGAAAGGCCUUGAAGAAGAAGAAGGAGCUGGAAGCUUUUGGAGCCUGUCCAAGCAACAAAGGUAUCAAUGAUCAUGGGUAUGAUGAACAUGGAAGCCAAGAUGAGGGAGAAAGUGAUGGAAAUUUGAGUUCCUCUUGUUCUCAAGGAAAUGGGGAAUUUUGGACAAGAGAUCCAUCACCUUCUCCCUUAUCUGGUCUAGGGAAAAGCACUGUCAAAGAGAAAACAGAAGAUGCAAACGCUCCUCAAGGACAAGAAGCGAUAGAUGAAGGCUUUACAGCACUUGGACGAGGAACAGGCCAAGAGGAGAAUGGUGUGGACAAAAGCAAGCAAGUUGAAAUUUCGGAUUCUGUCCAGCAUAAGUCUGAUGAAAGUGAAGAGAAGCAUAGACCAGAAGAAGCAAAGGAGGGUAGCAUUCCAGUAUCUGAAGUGCCAGAAACAAGCAAAGAUGUCAAGAGUGUGAAAGAAUCUGAAGUGCCAGAAUGUUCUCAAGAGAAGGCUCUGGAAGAUAAUUACAGGCAAGUAUUAGCCAAGACUUACUUGGCUACUGUUGAUAUACCUAGCACUGUGUCUGAAACUUUGUUUGCUCACAGAACCGCCUACGGGUCCAAUGAUUAGAUUUUAUAGUAUUUGAUUAUUUGCUAUUGUGAUUCAUGACUUCUAGUGUGGUGAUGAAGAACAUGAGUAAAAUAUUCAAUAAUGAGUGGACAUCAGAAGCUCAAAUAACAGCCUUUGUUAGAUAAUUAUUUUUAAUAAGAUAUGUCAUCUGUUCAUGUCAAGGAA